AUGAGGUGACGCCGCGUUCCGGGCCCGACUGCUGAGAGCGAGCCGGUGAUAAGAGGAACUAAAAACUACCAAGUGUGACAACAAAGAGGCUCACAAGCAGCGCUGAAAAAAACGGAAACUAGUCUCACGGGCCGCCUGGAGGAGUACACGCUGUCGGUAGUCCCGUCACACUUUCAUUUGUCCCGGCGGAGUGAAGCGCAUCAUGGCGGGGAGGAAGCUGCCACUGGUUGCUCUCUUCUGCCUUGUUCUGGCGAUGUUGCCUUCACACACAGAUACUGUAGCUGUCAUGUCAGUCGACCUGGGCAGCGAGUGGAUGAAGAUGGCGAUAGUGAAACCCGGUGUGCCGAUGGAGAUCGUUCUCAACAAGGAGUCGAGGAGGAAAACACCCAAUGCUGUAUGUCUGAAAGAAAAUGAAAGACUUUUUGGAGAUUCUGCAUUAGGAUGGUCUGUGAAGAACCCCAAAACUGUCUUCAGACACCUGCAAAGCCUCCUGGGCAAGAAGCACAACAACCUGCAGGUGGAGCUUUACCAGAAACGCUUCCCUGAGCACCAGCUGCAGGAGGACCCGGUCCGAGACACCGUCUACUUUAAAAACUCAGAUGAGCUGCAGUACACACCUGAGGAGCUUCUCGGGAUGAUGCUCAAUUACUCUCGUGGACUGGCUCAGGACUUCGCAGAACAACCGAUCAAAGACGCAGUGAUCACCGUCCCAUCCUUCUUCAACCAGGCAGAGCGCAGGGCCGUCCUGCAGGCUGCACAGAUAGCAGGUCUGAAGGUCCUCCAGCUCAUCAACGACAACGCGGCCGUGGCUUUGAACUACGGGGUUUUCAGGAGGAAAGAUAUCGACAACACGGUCAAGAAUAUCAUGUUCUAUGAUAUGGGCUCAGGCAGCACCACAGCAACCAUCGUCACAUAUCAGACGGUUAAAACCAAAGAGUCUGGCACCCAGCCGCAGCUGCAGAUCCGAGGAGUCGGAUUCGACCGUGGGUUGGGGGGCUUUGAGAUGGACCUGCGACUCCGGGACCACUUGGCCAAGCUGUUCAACGAGCAGAAGAAGAGUAAGAAGGAUGUGAGAGAGAACCACCGAGCCAUGGCCAAGCUCCUCAAAGAGGCUCAGAGGCUCAAGACGGUGCUCAGUGCAAAUGUUGACUUCAUGGCUCAGGUGGAAGGUUUGAUGGAUGACAUCGACUUCAAAGCUAAGGUGACCAGAGCGGAGUUUGAAAAGCUGUGUGCAGAUCUGUUUGAAAGAGUGCCUGGACCGGUGCAGGACGCCCUCACGUCUGCAGAGAUGAAGCUGGAUGAAAUCGAGCAGGUGAUUUUAGUAGGCGGCUCCACCCGUGUCCCCAAGGUUCAGGAAGUGCUGCUCAAAGCUGUGGGGAAAGAGGAGCUGGGGAAGAACAUCAAUGCAGAUGAGGCAGCAGCCAUGGGCGCAGUGUACCAGGCUGCCGCCCUCAGCAAGGCCUUCAAGGUCAAACCUUUCCUGGUCCGAGAAGCAGCCGUGUUCCCCAUUCAGGUGGAGUUUAACCGUGAGUCAGAGGAAGAAGGGACCAAAACCGUGAAACACAACAAGCGUAUCCUCUUCCAGAGGAUGGCGCCCUACCCUCAGCGCAAGGUCAUCACAUUCAACCGCUACAACGAUGACUUUGCUUUUGACAUCAAUUACGGCGAUCUCAGCUUCCUCUCACAGGAAGACCUCAGUGUAUUCGGCUCUCUGAACCUGACCACAGUCAGGCUGUCUGGAGUGGGAAGCAGCUUUCAGAAGCACACAGACGCUGAGUCUAAAGGCAUCAAAGCUCAUUUCAACAUGGAUGAAAGUGGUGUCCUCUUGCUGGACCGGGUGGAGUCUGUCUUUGAAACCAUUGUGGAGGAGAAGGAAGAGGAGUCUACAUUAACCAAACUGGGAAACACAAUCUCCACCUUAUUUGGAGGAGGAUCCUCAGAACCCGCCUCCAAUGGAACUGAACCUGUCCAGGAUGAAGAGGAAGUGCCUCCGGAGUCUGGAAGUGAAGGCAAGGACGAGGACAGCAAGGACAAGGACCAGAAGGACGAGGCUCCCAAAGAGAAGCAGGAACAAACAGAGAAAAGUGAACCAGAGGAGAAAAGCGAGGAGAAGAAGGAGGACGCAGGCAGCAACACUGACGACAAGGAGGAAAAGGAUGGAGAGAAACCUGCAAAUGCUGAGGCAGAGAAGGAAGCCGAAGAGAAGAAGGCAAAACCUCAGAAGAAGAGCAAGAUCUCUGAAGACAUCGCAGUGGAACUCAUCAUCAACGACAUCCUCAACCCCACCGCUGAUGAUCUCUCUUCCUCCAAAAAGAAGCUGCAGGAUCUGACAGACCGAGACUUGGCCAAACAUGAAAGAGAAAAGACGCUCAACAGUCUGGAAGCUUUUAUCUUUGAGACUCAGGACAAGAUGUACCAGGAUGAGUACCUGCUGGUGGUGUCGGAGGAGGACAAGGAGCAGAUCUACACCAAGCUGCGCGAGGCGUCGGAGUGGAUGGACGAGGACGGCUACACGGCCACCACCAAGCAGCUGAGAGAGAGGCUGUCUCAGCUGAGGAGCCUGUGCAAGGACAUGUUCUUCAGGGUGGAGGAGAGGCGCAAGUGGCCCGACCGCCUGGCCGCCCUGGAAAGCAUGCUCAACACUUCCAGCUUCUUCCUGAGGAGCGCCAAAAUGAUUCCAGAAGACGACCAAAUCUUCACAGAAGUUGAGCUCAAUAUGUUAGAAAAAGUGAUCAAUGAGACAACGACAUGGAAGAAUGAGACCUUGGCCGAACAGGAAAAACGAUCCCCGAAGGAGCGUCCCAUCCUGCUGUCCAAAGACCUCGAGUCCAAGCUGACCCUGCUGGAUCGAGAGGUCAACUACCUGCUCAACAAGGCCAAGUUUGCCAAGCCAAAGGCUAAAGCCAAAGCCAAGAACAGCACGAGCUCUGAGAAAAGCAGCAAGACCAACAGCACAGCUGAGGAGAAAGUCAUCCCUCCCACAGAGGAGACAGACAAAAACAAAGAAACUGCAGAGGUGCCGCCAGGUGAAGCCCCGCCCACUGAGGAGAGCCCCAAACAGACAGAUUCAGAUAGCCAAUCACAGCCCACAGAAGGAACAACAACUACAGGUCGGUCUGCCAAACCAGCAGGUGAUGAUGCUGGAGAACUUUAGGGACCAACGGAGAAGGCCCAACCUGAGAACCACAAAGUGGAUGAAUUAUAACAGCUGGAACUGAGAAAAAAAUCACUAUAUUUAUUGACAGUGUAUAAAUGUUCAAGUUCCCCCUCA